AUGCAUAAAGAGCAGAAAUCUUUCAUGGCAGCUCAGAAAAAAUUCUCCAAUGAUGAGAGACGUCUGGCCCAAUUGAUGGCGAAAUUAAAAGAUGAUCAAGCCAAGUUUGAGGCUGAGCGCAAGACUGAGGAAUGGUCUGUUGCUGGUUGGAAAAGAAAGGCCGAAACUGAGGCUGCUCUUCUUUCUGAAGAACGAAAAAAUUGGAGGAAAAUUUGUGAAAAGGAUAAUGCGGAGAAAGCAAAUCUCCGCAUUAUUAUUAAUAACCUCAAAGCUGAUGUUGAGAAGCUGAAGAAUCAAGAUGCGGAGGUUGAAAGAUUGAAGAAAGAGAAGGCUGACUUGGAGGCUGCGCUGGCAGAAGCGCGUUCUCAUAGGGAACGGAGUGAGCAACGGGAGGUACAAGCUUUAAGCACUCUUGCCAUUAGAGAUAAAGAACUAGAGGAACUUACUGCUUUGGUUUCUGACCAGGAACAACUGAAAAAGGACCUGGAGCUUGCGCAUGCUGAAUCCUCUCGCCGUUUGACUGAGACUGAAGAGAAACUGGAAAAUUCAGAGACGGCGCGGGCUUCAGCGGAAAGGGAGCUUGAGCCUUUAAAGAACGAUAUGACCUGGUUGAAGGAUCGUGGGAUUGCUUUUUUGAACUCUAAAGAGCUGGAUAAGACUGUUGCUGAUUUAGUGGUUGCCGCGCGGCGGGAUGGUUAUGCGCAAGGUUAUGCAGAAUGCUCUCAACAUGUAACUAGUGCGCUGAAAGUUACUUGGGAUAAUAGCAAGUCCGCUGCUUUUGGCGUAGAUACUGCCGCUGCGCUUGCUUCUCUGAAGGCAGAGUUUAAUAAUUUACAACUUCCAGUUAUGGAGUUGAUAAAUGUGGCGCUGCAGUCGGAUGAUCCGGUAGCGCAGCUUAAAGAAAUCUUUCCUGAUGAGGAUGAAGAUUUAGAGUAG